UUGCGUGACGCGGAGACGCGCUGGCGGCGUGGGGCGCGUGUCUGUGGAGAACAGACAGAGAAAGCGCUGCUUAUUCAUUUCAGACAGCACAAGGAUGUGGGUUUAUCAGCAGGAAUUGCUCGGAUUAUAGUGAUUUUUCUCCUCGUUUAUGUGGUUUGAGAUCAAAUAACACCGUCUGAUCUCUGCUUUAGUUACAUGUGCCUCCAGCAGCAGAAGAUUUUGCCACGCCCACAGCUGAAGAUGUCAGACAAUGGGGAAGUAGAAGACAAGCCGCCAGCUCCGCCCAUGAGAAACACCAGCACAAUGAUUGGCUCGUCCAGUAAAGACUCAGGCCCUCUGAAUCACGGCUCCAAACCUCUGCCCCCCAACCCAGAGGACAAGAGGAGAAAAGAAGGCUUCAUCCGAUCCAUACUCACCGGAGGAGGAGACAAGACCAACAAGAAGAAGGAGCGUCCAGAGAUCUCUCUACCGUCGGACUUUGAGCACACCAUCCAUGUUGGCUUUGAUGCAGUCACAGGAGAGUUCACUGGCAUGCCUGAGCAGUGGGCACGGUUACUCCAGACGUCCAACAUCACCAAACUGGAGCAGAAGAAGAAUCCUCAGGCGGUUCUAGACGUGCUUAAAUUCUACGACUCUAAAGAAACGAACAACAGCCAGAAAUACAUGAGCUUUACAGAUAAAGGUGUGGAUAACUACAGCUCUUCCAACGCAGUGAACUCCAAGACCGUUUCCGAGACCCCUGCCGUGGCCACCGUCUCCGAGGAUGAUGAUGAGGAUGAAGCCACGCCCCCACCCACGAUCGCACCCCGUCCCGAGCACACCAAAUCUAUCUACACACGCUCCGUCAUUGAACCUCUUCCUCCUCCGCUCUCCACCAAAGACGCCGCCACAUCGCCCAUCGCCAACGCGACCUCUGACGCCUGCAGUCCCACCCCGACACCCUCCAGCACCACCGCCACUAACACCCCCACACCCUCCACCCCGCAAAGUGCUGACAAGACAAGGAAGAAGAAGAUGACCGACGAGGAGAUACUCGAGAAACUGCGAAGUAUAGUCAGCGUGGGUGACCCGAAGAAGAAGUACACGCGAUUUGAGAAGAUAGGCCAGGGGGCGUCUGGAACAGUCUACACGGCCAUAGACAUCGCCACGGGACAAGAGGUGGCCAUCAAACAGAUGAACCUACAGCAGCAGCCCAAGAAAGAGCUGAUCAUCAACGAGAUCUUAGUCAUGAGGGAAAACAAGAACCCCAACAUCGUCAAUUACCUGGACAGUUACCUGGUGGGGGAUGAGCUCUGGGUGGUGAUGGAGUAUCUGGCUGGAGGUUCCCUGACAGACGUGGUGACGGAAACCUGUAUGGAUGAAGCGCAGAUCGCCGCUGUCUGUCGGGAAUGUCUACAAGCCCUGGAGUUUCUUCACUCGAAUCAGGUUAUUCACAGAGACAUCAAGAGUGACAACAUUCUCUUGGGCAUGGACGGAUCUGUCAAACUCACUGAUUUCGGCUUCUGCGCUCAGAUCACUCCUGAACAGAGCAAACGAAGCACCAUGGUGGGGACGCCCUACUGGAUGGCACCAGAGGUGGUGACCCGUAAGGCCUACGGACCCAAAGUGGACAUCUGGUCCCUGGGCAUCAUGGCUAUAGAGAUGAUAGAGGGCGAACCGCCGUACCUCAACGAAAACCCUCUGAGGGCUCUGUACCUCAUCGCCACCAAUGGAACUCCAGAACUGCAGAACCCAGAGAAACUCUCCUCCGUGUUUCGUGACUUCUUAAACCGCUGUCUGGAAAUGGACGUGGAGAAGAGAGACUCGGCCAAGGAGCUCUUACAGCACCAGUUCCUGAAAGUGGCCAAGCCUCUGUCCAGCCUCACUCCACUGAUCAUAGCGGCUAAAGAGGCGGCCAAGAACAACCGCUAGCCCCCCGGGAUGACCCCCGGCCCCACCUGUCCUCCGCCCCGUCCCGUCAGCCCUCUCUCUCUCUCUCUCUCUCUCUCUCUCUCUCUCUCUCUCUCUCUCUCUCUCUCUCUCUCUCUCUCUCUCUCUCUCUCUCUCUCUCUCUCUCUCUCUCUCUCGCCCUGGUCAGGAGCUCUCAUGCCGAGGGUUCAUCCGUCCCUCGUCCUCUAGUGCUGCUGUGAUGGGGUCCGAGGGGUGUCUGCAGUCACUGCUGUGGUCACCGAAAAGGCUCUGAAUGAUGACAUCACUGAAAAAUAAAGGGUCACGGUGCGUCAGGCCCAAAGCAUUAUGGGGGAUUUGCCCCCGUGUUUCACCUGGCUGACUUUCUCUGGGUCUCACUGUCAGUUUUUCUAUUGCUCUUUUGUUUGAUUUUGUGUUGAAUGCCUGUCAAAUCAUGGGAACAUGAUUCAUGUUUUCUUGUCGGUUAUUUGUUUGUUCAUUUUACAAUGUUUUUUUUAAAGUGUUUGUGUAUGUGUGAGAGUGCGUAUGUGCGUGUGUCGGCUCAUAGAUUAGCUGAGAUCGCGACUUGAUGCGUGGCACGAUUGUACCGCGAUCUCAUCGACAGAAAGAUCUCGUCCGAUACACGUUUUUUUGAUAUUGAAACUUAAUGAUCUGUAACAGACUAUUGAUUUAAGGUACUAUGAAGGAUGCCUGUGCAUGAAGAGACUGCAUUUCAGAUGCAGUUUUGAAACGACCACCUGAGGUCCGUUCUGUCCCAUUAACCCUCCACAUGUCGGAAAUGAAACAAAACCUCACUGCAUUCUGUGCUUUAAGAUGGUUUGUGUUGCCACAAACAUUAAUGAAAUUGAAAUUUUCUGAUGUUGCGUUCAUGUACCCUUUGGCCUUAAACGAAUAGUACGAAGAUGGCACAACCCACGAAGAUGCAAUCUAUUGCCAUUUCAAUGGACUGAUGGGAUUUGUUUAUGAAGAAAAUCUUUCCUGUAAGCAGUCAGUGUCUCUGCGAGCCAUAAACCGUUUAUAAGGCCUUUUUACGAAUCGAAAUUCUUAAUGAAAUGGGACGAAUAAACUUCAGAAUUAA